AUGAUCUAAUGGACAGUCUCCGUUUCUUUGCUCAUUGCUUUUGGUCAACAACGAAUCAAACGUUGGACUUCGUCCUUCCUCUAUUUGCUUUAUGUCUCGUGGUCCGCUCGGUGUGUUUGCUCGGAGCUCCACCGAUCGUCCGACACUUGGCGUCGUUGGUAGCCGGUCUGGCGGUCAUCCGGGUGUUCGUGCAAGAGAAAUUGCCUUACUUUGUUGUUCUCGCUCUUGUUGGAUAUUCCACUUUAUUACUGGCACCGACAAAAAGGAAGGGCGUCUUUUCGUCUCUGCUCUGCGUGAGCUUCAUCAUGAGUUGCGAGCUGGUCGCGUUCACUGGAACAGAAUGGCACCAGAUCCGGGGAUCUAUCAUGAUCGUUGCCAUGAAAACCAUCUCCAUUGGAUUCGAUCUGGAUGAGUGCCGACUCAACGAAAUUCCGGGAAUUGUUGCGUUUUCCGGUUUCGUACUUUCUCCUGCAAAUUCCGUCUUUGGACCAUUUGUACAAUACCGAAUGCAUCUGAACUUACUGGAUGAUAGACCACUAAGUAGGGCUUGGUUUUACCGCCUAGUCCGAUGUCUUGCUCUUGCUGCAUUUGCUCUGUCAUUUUCAAUGUGUUUUUGGCCGUGGGUAUUCCAACGUAAUAGCCACAAGUGGCUUCUUGCAUUCACGACAGCCGCGUCCUUCCGAUACAGUCACUACUUUGUAAGCUAUUUGUCUGAGGCUACAUCGGUGAUGUGUGGAAUCGGUUUUGUGGAUACUGAAUCUGGGGGUCACUGGGGUGGGGUGACCGUCGCUCGUAUGGAGGAGGUUGAGAUGCCAAGGUCUCUUGUUGAAGUAGUGACAAGUUGGAAUAUGGCCAGCCACUUGUUUCUCAAGUCGUAUGUGUAUAAACCAUCGAGGAGCCUUGGCAUUUUCCCUGCUAUUGUGAUCACGUAUCUUGCUAGUGCUCUACUUCACGGUCUAAACUUUCAACUGUCUGCUGUUCUAUUGUCCAUUGGAUUCUAUGCAUACAUCGAAAAUGUCGUACGAAAUAAAUUAGCCAAGAAAUUGAAUGCAUCUGUUGUGGCUCGACGUUUGGUUAGUCGUGAUGAUUUAAAGUAUAAAGAAACUGUUUGGUGGGUAACAAUCAUCAAUAUGCUCUUCUCCGCUUUGGCUGUUUUUCAUUUGGCAUACUUGGGUGCACCGUUUGACUUGGACAGUGCAGAACUUCAGGAGCAAGGAUACUCGAUGCAGCAUACUGUUGGACGGUGGCGUGAUCUCAGUUUUGCCAGCCACUGGGUGGCAUUGGCUACUCUUCUUGCUGGAAAGGUUAUCUAGUUUAGUCACUCAGAUUAGAUCUGGUCGUGUUAUAGUGGGGUAU